AUGCCCGGCCUCCCUUCGUCCGUAGACCUCGAUGAGUGCAUCUCGCGCCUAUACAACAAAGAAUUGCUGGCCGAGUCUGUUAUCGAGGCAAUAUGCGCAAAGACAAAGGAACUGCUCAUGCGCGAGAGCAAUGUCGUCCACGUCAAGGCCCCCGUGACCGUCGUCGGUGACAUCCACGGCCAAUUCUUCGACUUGAUAGAGAUAUUCAAGAUUGGAGGCUGGUGUCCAGACACAAAUUAUCUCUUCCUCGGCGACUAUGUCGACCGCGGCAUGUUCAGCGUAGAAACGAUUUCCCUUCUUGUCUGUUUAAAACUAAGAUACCCAAACCGCGUCCAUUUAAUACGAGGCAACCACGAGUCGAGGGGCGUGACCCAGUCAUACGGCUUUUACACCGAAUGUUCGCGCAAGUACGGCAACGCUAAUGUCUGGCACUACUUUACCGACAUGUUCGACUAUCUUACUCUGAGUGUGGUCAUCAACGACCAGAUAUUUUGUGUUCAUGGAGGCCUUUCCCCUUCCAUCCACUCUAUCGAUCAAAUCAAAAUCAUCGACCGCUUCCGGGAGAUCCCCCACGAAGGGCCUAUGGCGGAUUUGGUGUGGUCUGACCCAGACCCGGAGCGCGACGAGUUUAGUCUCUCACCGCGGGGUGCCGGAUACACAUUCGGCGCACAGGUAGUCAAAAAGUUCCUGGCGGUCAAUAACAUGAACCACAUUCUGCGGGCACACCAGUUGUGCCAGGAAGGGUUCCAGGUGCUCUACGACGACCGGCUGAGCACCGUGUGGAGCGCCCCCAACUACUGCUACCGGUGCGGCAACAUGGCAAGCGUCCUCGAGGUCAGCGACACGGGCGAGCGCUUCUUUAACGUAUUUGCGGCGGCGCCGGAAAACGACCUGCACAAGGAUGCGCAGCCCGGCGGGGAUAAGACAGCCGACGGCGGUGUCCUUCCGGACUACUUCCUCUAA